ACAUACUUUAAGUUCCAGUCACGACUGAUCUAUCUAUUUUUCGAAAUAUCCAACACUUUGUGAUCUAAAAAACCUCCUCAAAAUGGACGCCAACAUGAACAACCUGCUCAAAUGGAGCAUCAAAGCUUCCACCGAAAACCGCGCCGACGACGGUGACAACAACGGAGCUGCCGCUGCUGCUGCUGCUGCUGCUGCUGCUGAUGGUACCACACAGCCCUCCAGCGCCGCUUCGCGCGGUCUCAAUCCCGAGAUGCUUUCCGCCCUCUUCGGCGGUCCCACCGACGCCGACCUGAUGAAAGCCUCUAUGGAGGCUCUGCGCUCCGAUGAGGUGGAUCUCGAGAACAAGCUGAUCGCGUUCGACAACUUCGAGCAGCUGAUCGAGGGCAUCGAUAAUGCCAACAACCUGGAGCCCUUGGGCCUGUGGACUCCUCUGGUGGAGUUGCUGCAGCACGAGGAGGCGGAGAUGAGACGCAUGGCGGCCUGGUGUAUCGGAACUGCGGUGCAGAAUAACGAGAAGGCACAAGAUAAGCUCGUCGUCCUCAACGCCCUUCCGAAGCUUGUGACGAUUUCCACCACCGAUUCUACCCCCAAUGUUCGCAAGAAGGCCAUCUACGCCAUCUCCUCCGCGGUCCGCAACUACCAACCUGCCAUGGAUGAAGUAACCAAGAGCCUGCCUGAGGGCUACUCUCGUGACAAGAUCGACGCUGGCGACAUGGAUGCUGUGGAUGCGCUCAUGGACAAGCUGCGUGCUCACCAGGUUGAGUCUGCUUGAGCGGCUUGGCUCUGAAGACCAAUAAUAUAGGGUUGUCGCACGCCCUGCACGAAUUCGUCACCUGCUGUAAACGGCCGUGAAGGCCGGGUUAUUAGGCUUGUCGGAUCAUAAAUUACCAGAGCAUAUUCACAGCUCGCCGACGUUGAACUGCUUCCGAGCACAAUCAGGCGACUGCAUAUCUUCCAGAGUGUCUUUCCUGGCUGCUGAUAGAGCUGCCUGUCGAUCUGGGAAUAGAACCGCCUGGCGACAAGCACUUGGCUUGGGUCCAUGAUGGGACCUGGACCUCUAUGAACCAGAUUAUGUCCCGCACUUGGGGCGGGAUCAUCCGCUUACAUGGCUCUGCAUGUCAUGAGUCCUUACUGCUAUGCAUGAGAAUAUACCC